AUGGUGUCGACCGAGGACCCCUACCUGAUCCUGCCGGGCUCGUCCGCCCACUCCGACUUCCGCCUGCAGCGACUCGCCCAAGACAUUGGGGCGAAAGAGGUCCGCUCUAUCUGGGUGCACUUUGUCAACCCUCUCAAGGAACUGAGCGCCGACGAGUUGAAGACGCUGCAACAGAUCUUGCACUAUGGCGAAUACCCAGAUACGCAGGAUAAGCUCGCACAGGUACUCCGCGAUGCUGUUCACCGCAGCGGCGAGCCCAGGGACCCGGAGACAGUGCUCUUCUACAUCAGCCCGCGCGCAGGCACCAUAUCGCCAUGGAGCUCACUGGCAUCCAUGAUUGCGCGUACUUGCACCCUCGAGCAUGCCGUGAAGCGCAUCGAGCGCGGCAUGGUCAUCGCAGCCACCUUUGACCGUACCCUGGACGCGAACGAGAUCCCGAACCGCGACUACCUCCACGACCGCAUGACCCAGACGAUAAGCCGUGGUGCGCCCAACUUAGAGUCCAUAUUCGGCGAGAGCGAGCCUACGCAGGCCACCACCAUCAGUUUCGAAGAGUACAAUAGCGCCCAUGCCGCGUUGGAACACGCUAAUGGAGAGCUCGGGUUGGCCAUGGACAAGUCCGAGAUCGAGUACCUGGUGGAAGCAUAUACCCAUGAGCUGAAGAGGGGGCCCGUCGACGUAGAACUGUUCAUGUUCGCCCAGGUCAACUCGGAGCAUUGCAGGCACAAGCAGUUCAACGCCGACUUCACCGUUGAUGGCAUGCACAAAUCGUAUUCGCUUUUCGGAAUGAUUCGGAACACCCACCAGAAGCACCCGCAGCACGUCGUGAGUGCAUACAGUGAUAACGCUGCAGUGCUGCAAGGCGAGGAGGCUAGCUUCUGGGCACCCAACAAUCUGACCGGCGAGUGGAACGGGACCAAGGAGACAGUACACAUUGUCUGCAAAGUCGAGACACACAAUCACCCAACAGCGGUGUCGCCAUUCCCAGGCGCUGCGACUGGAUCUGGCGGUGAGAUCAGAGACGAAGGUGCUGUAGGACGUGGCUCAAAGCCCAAAGCUGGUCUGGCCGGCUUCACCGUCUCUGACUUGCUAAUUGAAGGUUUCGAGCGCCCAUGGGAGCUGCGGGAUGUUGGCAAGCCUUCCCACAUCGCCAGCAGUCGGGACAUCAUGCUCGAGGCGCCCCUCGGCAGCGCCCAAUUCAACAACGAGUUUGGUCGCCCAUGCACCAUCGGGUACUUCCGAACUAUGCUCAUGCGCGUCUUUACGAACGAGAAAGAGUCGGAGAUCCGGGGUUAUCACAAGCCCAUCAUGCUAGCAGGUGGAGUUGGAACAGUGAGACCGCAACACGCGCUGAAGGACCCCGACAUCGUGCCAGCCGGCUCGCAUCUACUUGUCAUCGGUGGACCCGCCAUGCUCAUUGGUCUUGGUGGUGGCGCAGCUUCUAGUAUCCAGUCCGGCGAAGGCAAGGUCGAUCUUGACUUUGCUAGUGUGCAACGAGGCAACCCUGAGGUCCAGAGACGUGCGCAAGAAGUCAUCGAUACAUGCCGCUCCAUGGGUGACCAGAACCCUAUACUCUUCAUCCAUGACGUUGGUGCAGGUGGUCUCUCGAACGCUUUGCCGGAGCUCGUGCACGACUCUGGGCUUGGAGCUAUCUUCGAAUUGCGCGAAAUCGACAACGCAGACAAGGGUAUGAGCCCGCUGCAGAUUUGGUGCUGCGAGGCUCAAGAGCGAUAUGUUUUGGCCGUCGGCCCUGACCAGCUUGACCUGUUUAAGCGCAUCUGCAACCGUGAGCGCUGCGGAUACUCCGUUGUAGGUGUUGCCACAGACGAGCAGCGCCUUGUGCUCAAGGACAGUCAAUCGAAAGAGAACCCAACCCCUAUCGAUCUCCCAAUGUCGACACUGUUCGGAAAACCACCAAAGAUGUCCCGCAUCGUCGAGUCCCGGAAGUUGAGGCUACCUGCUUUUGACAGUAGCUUGUCGAUGUACAUCCCAGACACGCCCAAGGAUGGUCUAAUCGCGGAAGCUGUAGACCGGGUGCUCACGCUUCCUUCCGUGGGCUCCAAAAAUUUCUUGAUCACCAUUGGAGAUCGAACAGUCGGUGGACUGACUGUGCGUGACCAGAUGGUUGGUAAGUGGCAGGUACCCGUCUCUGAUGUGUCGGUCACAGCCACAUCAUUGCUGGCUGGAGUCAAGACUGGAGAGGCCAUGGCCAUGGGUGAGAAGCCUACACUUGCCCUGAUAUCUGCCGCCGCAUCGGCAAGAAUGGCCGUUGCCGAGUCGCUCAUGAACCUUGCUGCAGCAAGCCUGUUUGACAGACUCUCCAGGGUUAGGCUAUCAGCCAACUGGAUGUCGGCUAGCAGCCAUCCUGGUGAAGGGGCAGCUUUGUACGAAGCUGUCGAAGCUAUUGGCAUGGACCUCUGCCCGCGGUUAGGCAUAUCAAUCCCCGUUGGGAAAGACUCUAUGAGCAUGAAGAUGAAGUGGUCGGACAACGGUGAGGCCAAGGAAGUCACCGCGCCCAUGUCCCUGGUUAUCACCGCUUUUGCACCCGUUGACCGCAUCGACCGCACAUGGACACCAGCUCUGGAGCGGUUGGAGGAUGUGGGUGAAACGAUUUUGAUGUUCGUCGAUUUGGCAGUUGGCAAGAAGCACCUUGGUGGUUCUGCCUUGGCACAAACGUUCGGACAGGUUGGAGACGAAGCACCUGAUGUCUAUGAUGCAGACACCCUCAAGGAUUACUUCGACGCGGUCGAGCAGCUUCACGAGUCUGGCAUCGUGCUAGCUUACCAUGACCGAUCGGACGGUGGUCUGUUCACUACACUCGUCGAGAUGAUGUUUGCUGGACGAUGCGGGCUGGAGAUCAUGCUCGAUGGCAUCUCGCGAUCGGGCGAGCCCAAGGAUGUCCUUGAGACUCUCUUCAACGAAGAGCUUGGCGCUGUUUUCCAAGUGAGAAAGAAGGACGAAGUCGCUUUCAACCGCUGCUUCGCCACUUGCGGUCCACCACCGGGUAUGGUCAAGAAAAUUGGACGCGUCCCCCAGGCUUCAAAGCAAGAGAUCUCCUUUGCAUUCGGUUCAAAGAUCGUCUACCGCAACAACCGCCAGAAGCUUCAACAACGCUGGGCGGAAACGUCAUACCGCAUGCAAAAGCUCCGCGACAACCCUGCCUGCGCCGACGCUGAAUUCGCAAACAUCCUCGAUGACAAAGACCCGGGUUUGUCGUACAACCUCACCUACAAGCCCGCUGAGAACAUCCUUCCCUUGAAAGCCACCAUCUCCUCAGCCUUCACAUCCAAGCCGAGAGUUGCGAUAUUGAGGGAAGAAGGUGUGAACGGCCAAUCCGAAAUGGCAUUCGCCUUCCAUAUGGCCGGAUUCUCCGCCAUCGACGUUCACAUGACCGACAUUAUCUCUGAACGCGUCUCCCUUGCCGGCUUCGUUGGCCUUGCCGCUUGUGGUGGCUUCUCAUACGGUGACGUCCUCGGUGCAGGUCAAGGUUGGGCUAAAUCUGUCCUUCUACAUCCCAAUACCCGCAAGGAGUUCCAAACGUUCUUCGAGCGCCCAGACACCUUCGCGCUUGGUGUCUGCAAUGGCUGCCAAUUCUUGUCGAAAUUGAAAGAACUUAUCCCUGGUGCGGGACUUUGGCCGUCUUUCGAGAGAAACGCAUCAGAGCAAUACGAAGCGCGCGUCUGCAUGGUCGAAGUGCUCGACCCCACGGGCCCCAACACCUCUCCCUCGGUAUUCCUACACGGAAUGGCGGGCUCAAAACUUCCCAUCGUGACCGCGCACGGCGAGGGCAGAGCACACUUUCCAUCCUCUUCGUCAUCAUCGUCGACUCCACAGACGCUGUAUAACGAGAACCUCGUCGCACUACGCUACACAGACAACUACGGCAAGCCAACCGAGACAUACCCAUAUAAUCCCAACGGUAGCCCGAUGGGCAUUGCAGGUGUGCGCAGUACAGAUGGACGCGUGCUCGCACUUAUGCCGCAUCCCGAACGCACCAUCGUGAGGGAGGCGAGUAGCUACAUCCCCAAUAACGAAUCGGAAGAAUGGGGCGAGUUGGGUCCGUGGAUUAGGAUGUUCAAGAGUGCUCGACGAUGGGUCGGGUAA